UAUCUUGUCUCCCUUUCUUUAUAUACCAUCCCUAUGUAUAUGCCUCUUUAUUUUAAAUUCGCAGGAUUUUUAAUUUACUUGUACUAAACAUCAUUGUACUUUUCCCUAGCGACUGUGAAGCGUGCCGGUGAUAAUAUUCUUGGGGUCCGUACCCAAUGCAUUGUGGCUGGGACCCUGAGAAAGACAGAUCCCUCUACACUCACAAACGUGUGUUUGAAGAUCAAUGCAAAGCUUGGUGGAACCAACAGCACCAUAUCCAAGUAAACAGCUGCUUACAAACUGUAUAAGAUGCGUGUGAUUCACAGCCCUAUAGCUCUGUUGUUGUUUACUACCAUAAUAUGUAACCAUACUGCCAUUUUUGUUCAGACUGUGUCCAAUAUACUGUGCGCGGGCAUUGAGUGUGGGGAAAACCUUUGAUAGUAUCGGUUCAUAGAAAAUCUUUUGCAUUUAUGCACGGAAUUGACAGGUGUGAGUUGUGUUAAUGCUCAUACUUUCAGGCCCCAUACCAAGGUAUAGGAGCAGUAAUCCAAUAAACCAAAGACUGAGGAUUUUCAUUAACACUAGCCAUGCUGAAUAAUGCCUGGUCCAAAGGUGUUAAAUUUAGUUGACUCCUACAGCAUCAGUGUGAGUGUGUUGGUAAAUUUAGAUCAUCAAUACUGGGAAGAGAGAAAAAGCCAGUGAUAGUGAUGGGAGCUGAUGUAACUCACCCAGCUCCUGGAAGCAGCAAACCCUCCAUUGCAGCAUUGGUGGCAAGCAUGGAUGUUCAUGCUACGCUAUACAGAGCAGAUACAAGGAUUCAAAAGUCCAGACAGGAAAUCAUCACUGAUAUGAAGGUAAUGGCGAAAGACAUGUUGGAAGCCUUCUGGCGCAACAAUAAUGGAGCCAAACCAGAGCACAUACUGUUCUACCGUGAUGGAGUUAGUGAGGGGCAGUUUCAACAAGUCCUAGAGAAGGAGUUAAAACAGCUACAGGAGGCCUGUGAAGCUAUGGAACAUGACUACCGUCCACCCAUUACAUUUGUUGUUGUACAAAAGAGACAUCACGCCCGAUUGUUUCCUGUCGAUUAUGGAGAUAAGUGUGGAAAGAGUGGCAAUGUUCCAGCUGGGACCACAGUUGACAGUGGUAUAACUCAUCCAACAGACCAUGACUUCUACCUUGUCUCCCAUGCUGGAAUUCAGGGAACCAGCAAGCCAUGUCACUACUACGUUCUUCAUGAUGACAAGGGCUAUUCAGCGGAUGAACUACAGGACAUCACAUUCCAACUGUGCCACUUGUUUCCUCGUUGUAAUCGCAGUGUUUCCUACCCUGCCCCAGCUUAUUGUGCCCAUCUGGCUGCCUUUAGAGCUCGCUACCACCUGCAGGCCCUGGAAGAGAGUGGAGACUGUGCCAGUAGUGUGUGCAGUGGAGGCAGCGAGCAGUUGUCUGAAACUGACAUGGCUGAUGCUAUCAAGAUAAAAGAGGAGAUACAGAAGACUGGAAUGUACUUUGCUUAGCACUUUGUGGACAUUCUAAUCAUUUGCUUUUGUGUGAUGUAUUGGUGUUUCAAGUUUGUUUACUCACAUUACAUAAUAUAAAAUUCGUAAACUUCUAUUGUACUCAAGGGCAAGUCUUGCCUAUUGCAACUGC